AUGGCUGCUCAAGAAUCAAACUCCAUUAUCAUCGAUUCUUCGCAGUCAUCAGAGGAAAAGGAUGCUGCUCUAAUAAACGAGCUGCCAAGUGCUCUGUUCUGGGAUGCCAUGGAGAUUAGAAAAUGGAAAGGGUUCUGGUUCGAGCCCGGCCUAAUCAAAUGUGCCAUGAAAUUUAGUUCCUCCUUCCAAGCUGGGAACGAUGAUGUUUUAUUAGCAUCAGCUCCAAAGACCGGUACGACUUGGCUCAAAGCCCUCUGUCUCUGUAUCUUGCACCAGAAUCAUAACAUACCAGAAAACGAAGAUCUGUUAACUCAAGACAAUCCACAAUUUCAUGUUCAGACCAUUGAAUCCUCCAUUUACUCCACAAAACCAACUCCUGAUCUGUAUUCCACGCCAUCUCCAAGACUUCUCCACACACAUUUGCCUUUUAAUCUUCUUCCAAAUUCCAUCAUGAAUUCCAACUGCAAAAUUGUUUGCGUAGCCCGGAACCCAAAGGACACAUUGGUCUCUCUAUGGCAUUUUUUCAAUUCCAUUUUCAGGGGAAAUCAAGAACCUUAUCCCCUGGAAAAGGCGGUUGAUGAGUUUUGCACAGGCGUUCAUCAAUAUGGUCCGUAUUUUGAAAAUGUGUUGGGUUAUUGGUCAGAAAGUCAGAAAAGGACUGAGAAGAUACUGUUCUUGAAAUACGAAGAGAUGAUAAAAGACCCGAAAGAGCAGGUGAGGAAACUGGGGUUGUUUCUUGGGAAGCCAUUUGAGAAGGAAGAGGAUUUGGAAAAAAUUGUGUGGAGGUGUAGUUUGGAGAGAUUGAGGAACUUGGAAGUGAAUAAAAAUGGCUCUGUUAUUUACGGAGUUCCGAAUGGUAGUUAUUUUAGGAAAGGGAUUGUUGGCGAUUGGAAGAAUUACUUGAAUCUUGAAAUGGAAGAUCGAAUUAAUCAAACAACACUUCUCAAGUUUAAAGACUCUGGAUUAGAGUUCGAGAAUUGA